GAAGAAUUAACACAAAUUAGCAUAGAAAUACGUCAAAAUCUGGAACCAUCAGUUGACAAAAAUAAGGAAUUGGUAUUACGACACAUCAAAGCGUUUUCAAAGAAAGAAACGCGGAUCGUCGAUUUUCAACCAGGUAUCAUACCUAUACGUGAUAGCAUUUAUGUUAUACAAUCAAAUGUUCAAGAAAUCUGGUAAACAAAAUAUGAAGGCUGUUAGGGAGAUAGAUACAGCAAGCUCAAGUCAAACAUUGUAUUCAAAUGAUAAAGAAAAUAUUUUACUUACGGAAGAAGAGAUACGCGAAUAUUUUCAGCUCAUAGAAUACGAAAAAACGCUUGAUCAAGAAUUGUCCAAUUUAAAGAAUGAAGAGGCAGAAUUUCGUUCAACUCAAGAAACUAUGAACUUAUUACAUAAAUAUAAUGAUAUUAAAGAUGUAACUCAAAUGGUUUUAGGAGCAAUAGCUGUAGCAACUAAUACUACAAUCAAGAAUCUGUAUAAACAAUAUAAUUUAUCACUGGAAGAUUAAAAAUUCAUAGUUAUUUUCUUAUAUGUCAUAUA